AAGUUACAAGAGAGGGAAAACAACCUCCGUGAAUCAUGGGUACGAGCCAUGGAAACCCGUCUCGUUCAGAAUGAGCUUGGGAAGUGCCAAAGGGGUGAAGGAGUCAACCACUAUGAGAACUGCAAGUGGUUAGCAGACAAAUACAUUCAAAUGCUUCGUGAGAAUAGGGUACAAGGAUACAAACAUAUAGAUGUAUAG